AUGCAGGAUGACGUCGGGAAUCGACCUUUUGCCUUGAACUUUGUACUUUUCUUCUAUGUACUAUGUUAUUAUCUCCAUGAACACAAUCUACAACUCUCAGCCACUGCCAAGUCUCUCAGCCCCUACUUCACCCAUCUGAAUCCACAUCGACGUCACGCCACCCCAGCCCCUGCCCCGCCAUACAUCUCAGAUCAACUUCUUUUUUUCAUCCCACCAUAUUCUCCCAGUGAACGGUAG